AUGACUGCUCCGAACGGCCUCGGAAACGGCGUCAACGGCCAUGGCUCUGCCAAUGGCACCAUCGAGCCAAAGCGCUUCUCGGAUAUUCCCAACGUCCUUGAUGUGACGGUCAACGAAGGAGGGGAUGUCGAGCAGGUCGAAAUCGAUCUUGUCGAACUGAACGAUGACCCUACGGAGCUCUGCAUUCUCCUGGAGAACGAGAACGUGGUGAAGUCAACGUGGAUGACCAUUGCUUUCGCCUAUGCCAAGCAGCACAGAACCGCUUUGGCCAUCGACAUCCUGCAGAAGGCUCGCGACGCCUUUAGCAGAGCCGGCGCCGAGGAGAAGCUCAGCAUCCUGAGCGCUUUGUUCUGGCUCAACCUCUGCAUGUGCCGCGAGGCUCCUCGCCUCAGACCAGACAACACUGGGCCAGAAGUCAAGACCAAGGAGCAGUGGAUCCAGGCCGCCACCGCAAACCUCAACGACGCAUCGCGCAUCAGUCCUUCUUAUGCCCCCCUCUUCCUCGCUCGCGGAGUUCUCUACCUCCUCCGCGCCUCUGCUAUCACUCAAACAAAAUCGGGCGCCCCCGACAGCGCAGAGCGCACCGAUGCGUUGCGCCAAGCGGCAAAGUGCUUCGACGACUCUCUUCGCGCGUACGGAGGCAAGAACCUCAUGGCCAUGCUCGGCAAAGCGAGAGUCCAGUACUCGCUUGGCAAGUAUGCCGACGCUCUGGCGUCCUACCAAAAAGUCCUUGGUCAAGCUCCUGACAUGAUGGACCCCGAUCCCCGCAUCGGUAUCGGAUGCUGUCUUUGGCAAUUGGGAUACAAGGAAGACGCCAAGAAUGCGUGGGAAAGAGCGCUGGAACUGUGUCCGGACUCCAAGACCGCCAAUAUCCUCCUUGGCCUUUACCAUCUUAACGUGUCCUCUCAAUACUCGACUACUUCGCCCGAGUUCGCUCCCAUCUACAAGAAAGCGAUGACGCAAUACACGCAGAAGGCCUUCAAGUUGGACGACAAAUACCCGCUGUCAUGUGCCACCUUUGGUGGAUACUUCCUCAUGAGGAAAGCCAUGGCCCAGGUGGAACGGUUGUCAAGACGGUCCAUCGACUUCACCGACGUCAAUGCCGUUGCCAGUGACGGUUGGUAUCUCCUCGGUAGGAAGGAGCACUAUGAGAACGAAAUUUCCAAGGCGCUUGAGUACUACCAGAGGGCCGACACUGCACGUGGCGGCGAAGAUCGCGGUUAUCUCCCGGCCAAAUUUGGUAUGGCUCAGAUCCGGAUUAUGAUGCAAGAUUUCGAGGGUGCCAAGCUUCGGCUCGAGAAGAUCAUUCAGCAAAGCAAGAGCACCGAGGCCAUGAUUCUUCUGGGCUCUCUUUACGCCGAAGAUGUCUUCGCGGCUCAAGCCUCGAACUCGAAAGAGGACAAAUCAAAUGAGCUGAAGAAAGCCAUUUCUCUCCUCGAGAGUGUUCGAUCAGCCUGGAGAGAUCCCAAGCGCAAGGUCUCUCCGGAUACCGCGGUCCUUCUCAACCUUGCCCGCCUGUACGAGACCGACCAUCCUGAGAAGAGCCUCCAGUGUCUGCACCAUGUUGAGCAGAUGGAAUUGGACGAGAUUCCAGAAGAGGACCGACCAGAUGAACCGCAGGCACCGGACCCAAACCAGGAAAACUACGAUGUCGCCAAGGAGGUCUACGAAGAGGCGAAGCGGACACACCUCAAUGCCCUUCGCGAGAAUCUACCACCUCAACUACUCAACAACAUGGGCUGCUUCUACUACCAACAGGAGAAAUACGCCCAGGCCCGUGAGCUGUUCCAGUCCGCUCUGAACGCCUGCGUGAAGGUGGGUGACAAGGAUCAAUCCGUGGACACCGAUGCCCUCGUGACUACAAUUUCCUACAGCUUGGCUCGUACCUACGAGACCGAGGGCAUGCUGGACGAGGCUAAGAAGGUCUACGAGGGCCUUCUUCAGCGACACGGCGACUAUGUGGAUGCCAAUAUUCGUCUUACGUACAUCAAACUUCGGCAGAGUCCUCAGGACGAGGGCCCGAAGGCCAUGUCGGAUUUGUACAAGGCGGAAUCCACGAACCUGGAAGUGCGCGCUUUGUACGGCUGGUAUCAGCGCAAGGCCAAGAAACGGACAGCCAACAUCCACGAAGACCAGGAACAACGGCACUACAAACACACUCUGCAGCACUACGACAAGCACGACCGGUAUUCCCUCACAGGAAUGGGCAACAUCUAUCUGGCAUUCGCUCGCGAGAUGCGAAGAGACACCGAACAGGAUAAGGACAAGCGGCGCAAGAUGUAUCAAAGGGCUGUUGAAUUCUUCGACAAGGCGCUUCAGCUAGACCCGAAGAACUCUUAUGCCGCCCAAGGCAUAGGCAUUGCGCUCAUUGAGUGCAACAAGGAUUUUGCCAGCGCCGUGCAGCUUUUCACCAAGGUCAGGGAGACCAUGAAGGACGCAAGUGUCUACAUCAACCUCGGUCACGUUUAUUGCGAGCUCAAGCAAUACUCUCGCGCCAUCGAGAACUAUGAGGCAGCGCUCGCAAAGGACCGUGCACGCGAUGCCACUAUCCUUGCCUGUCUUGGUCGUGUCUGGCUACUUAAGGGCAAGCAGGAAAAGAGUGGUCAAGCCAUGAGGACCUCCUUGGAGUACUCCCAAAGAGCUCUCGAGGUCGCUCCGGAACAGGACCACUUCAAAUUCAACGUCGCCUUCGUUCAGAUUCAAAUCGCCCAGCUCAUCCACACGCUUCCCGAAAACGCCCGUACUCUCGAGGAAGUCGAGGCUGCAGCAAAAGGCUUGGACGAUGCCAUCGAAGCAUUCAGUGCCAUCGCCAAAUCGCCGAACCCGCCGUUCCCGCGCCAAGACAUCGAAGCGCGUGCUAACAUGGGUCGCAACACGCAGCGCAAGCAGCUCGAGCGCGCUAUCCAGAGCCAGCGCGAGUACGAGGAGAAGAAUGCUAACAAGCUCAAGGAAGCUCGCGAGAAGCGCGAAGCUGAGAUCAAGCAGCGUGAGGAGGAGAAGCGUCAAAAGGAACAGGCCGAAGCCGAGCGUCUCCGUCAAAUUCAAGAGGAGCGCCAGAAGAUGCAGGAGCGCGACCGUGAACUCGCCGCCAAGCGUGCUGAUGAAGAGAAGCGCGUACAGGAGGCCGAGAUGACUACAGACUCGGAGACGGGCGAGCGCAAGAAACGUCAGAAGAAGAGCCGCGGCGCAGGUGGUGGUGGCAAGCGCAAGAAGAAGGGCGCCGACUCGGACAGUGAGGGGGAAGCAGGCUCCGACAGCGAUGCCGGUGGAAAAGGACGUCGCUCCAGGCGCCGGACUACGACUUCGGCAACGCCCGGCGGCUCGGAUGACGACAAGCCGCGCAAGAAGAAGAAGAGAAAGCUCGAGCGCAAGACGGCGGCCACCAAGGUGCAAAACAGCAAGUACAAGUCGAGCGAAUAUGUGCAAAGCGAUGACGACUCGGACCUGGACGACACGGCGCAGGCGGCGAACGAGUCCCUGGCUGCGAAGGUCCAUGAUGCCGAGGACGGCUCGCCGCGGCCGGGCGCGGAGAGUGGAGAUGAAGGGGCUCCGGCAGCGAGCAGGAACCGGAAACGCGUCGUUGAUGAUGACGAUGAAGAUGAGGAUGGUGGGGCUGCUGCACCGGCCAACAAUGGCGGCGAAGCGGACACACCAAUGGGCGGGCUAGACGACGACGAGGAGUAG